AUGGCCGUGCAGGCGCGGCACUUCUCGCACGACCUAGCCCCGGGGGCGGGCGGCUCCCUGUUCCUGGACGAGCACGCCGGGUGCGUCCCGGCACCGGCCGGGAUCGGGGACGCCACGACGGUGCUCAGCGACUUCCCACGCAGCGAGCUCGCCUGGUGCAACUACGGCUUCCUGCCGAGGAAGCGGCCGCGCCUGGAGGCGGGUCCGGCGGCGCCAGCAGAGGGUACUGAUUUCUUGGAAGAUCAACGCGUGGGUAUGCCUCCGGCGUGCACGGAGCGCCUGCUGCCAGUGCCACCGUUCGUCGACGACGUGCGGAGCUGGGCGGUGGGCUCCGGCGCGGCGUCCACCAGCGGGAGGGUGGCAAACGGCGCGACGACCGUCGCCUCGCGGGAACUCCUGUCGUCGUGGACGCACCACAACGGCGUGGAGAUCGACGCGCUCGUUCGACUCGAGGCAGAGAGGAUGCGCGCGGCGCUGCAGGAGGCGCGGCGGAGGCACGCCCGAGCGCUGCUGGCCGCCGCGUGCGGCGCCGCGUCGGGGCGGCUGCGCUCGUCGGAGACCGACCUCGAGCGCGCGCUGCGCCGCAACGCGGAGCUCGAGGAGAAGGUCCGCCAGGCGGGCGCGGAGUGCCAGGCCUGGGUGGGCGUCGCCAGGAGCCACGAGGCCGUCGCCGCGGGGCUCCGCGCCACGCUGGACCAGCUGCUGCUGCAGUCACCCUGCUGUGGUGCUGCGCCCGCGGGCGGCGGUGAGGCCGAGGAUGCGCAGUCGUGUUGCUUCGAGGCGCCGCCGGCGGCCGCGCACGCCACCGAGGACGGCGGCGCGUGCGCGUCCAGGUCCGCCAAGUUGGCGUGCAAGUCGUGUGGCGGCGGCGAGGCGUGCGUGCUGCUGCUCCCGUGCCGGCACCUGUGCCUGUGCCCCGUGUGCGAGGCCGCCGUGGACGCAUGCCCCGUCUGCGCCACCACCAAGAAAGGCUCGCUCCACGUCCUCUUCUCCUGA